AUGUUACCAAAGUCGAAAAAUGAUGAAAAUUUUUCUAACGAUGAAAAUUUUCCUAAUGAUAUUGAAAAGCUUGAGAGCAAUAACUCGAAUUGUUCUCGGACGGCGCGUUCUGUUGAUCCGCCGUCCGGCAAUGACUAUCAUGAACAAGGGGAAAAUCUAACUUGUUCGAGUGUCUUACAUUCAGAUAACAAGGUUCAUACAAUUGCCAAUAAUCAAAAUAAUCCUGUCGCAAAUAAAGAAUCGAAGUCAGCAUCGAUAGCUCGUAAUGCACGUCCACAAUCCAGAAUUAUUGUCAGACCCCCUUACCCACCGACCAUUAAACCUAGAGACUUGGUUGAUGACCUACUUAAAAUCAAGUCACGGACACCAAAAAUGUUGAAUGAAUUUUUUAUCUACCGUAAAGCUCUUGUUCAAGAGCUUAAAAAAAAAAAACUUCGAGUUAAAAUGACACUAGUGUCGUCUCAAGCGUCUGCUUAUUGGCAUCAAGAAACACAGCAAGUUAAAGAAGAAAGAAGACAACCGCAACAAUAUCCUUCUACAAAUCUUGAAAACGCAUCUAAUAUUUCAAUAUCUUCCUCGCUUUCCUCAGAAGCUGUGAUUUCUGUUUCUGCAUCCCAUUUUAAGGACAUCGAACCCAUUUUGGAAAUCAAUUCAUCUGAUACUCCAUCCGAUACUAUGUUUAACAAUUCACCUGCGUCGAUCACGCCUGUCCAUUCAUGUAUUUCAAACAAUGGUAUCCCAGAUUACAUUCAAACACUUCCAGCACAGAACACAUACGAUCCAAAUCAAAACACAUUAUGUCCUAACGCUAAUGCAUUAAAUCCUUCAUUUAAUCAAGUCAACUUCGGUUUUUGGAGAAAUUACGAGAUUGUAACACAAUCCGGUCAAUAUAGAUAUACAGAUAGUGAUAAUAUAUUUACACCAAUUGUACCUUCUCAAAGGGAUCAGCCUGAUCCGGCAACAGAAAAUGAACGUGCCACAUAA